ACCACUACUGUUCGCUUUCCAUAAUACACGCGCGCCUGGAUCGUGUAAUGGCGUCUGCCCGGAUUUUUCAACAGCAGAUAUCGUGUGCAGCUUGGUACAGUAUCCAGGCAGUGGAAAGAUGGAGAUAUGUAUGAAGAAUUUGUGGUGAAUUAAUUGGAUACUAUGUGAAAAUUGGAAUAGCAAGAUUGGAUUUGUUGAUACGUGUUUUGUACAAAUAUUCUGGGAUUAGAAUGUAGUUAAUCUAAAACUAAUCGUCUAUGCGAAUUGAGCUGAUUUAGAUCUUUUAUCGUCGAAGGGGAAUAGUAUGGCGUCCGUCGCAGCCUGGUUGCCGUUUGCGCGAGCAUCGGCCAUCGGAUGGGUGCCCAUAGCGCAACACCCCCUCCCCCCACCGAUGGUAAAAAACGAACACAGACGGGGGGACGAAAAACUCUUCUUCAACGUCAGUGGACGGAAGUUUGAGACAUGGCGCACCACCUUGGAAAAAUACCCGGACACUCUCCUGGGUUCCAAUGAAAGAGAAUUCUUUUACGACGAAGAGAUCAAAGAAUAUUUUUUCGACAGAGAUCCGGAUAUUUUCCGGCAUAUUUUAAAUUACUACAGAACUGGAAAGUUACAUUAUCCGAAACAUGAAUGUAUAAGUGCAUAUGAUGAGGAAUUGGCGUUUUUCGGCAUCAUGCCGGAUCUCAUUGGAGACUGUUGUUUUGAAGACUACAAAGACAGAAAACGAGAAAAUUGUGAAAGGUUAUUAGAUGACAAAGACUCCGAAGCCGGGGACACUAACCCAGCUGGUAAUAUACGGGAGAAAAUGUGGAGAGCUUUUGAAAACCCCCAUAUAGGUACAACGGCAUUAGUAUUCUAUUAUGUAACUGGUUUCUUCAUUGCCAUAUCCGUGAUUGCUAACGUUAUUGAAACAGUGCCGUGUGGGGUACUCCCGGGGACUAGGAUAAAUCCACCAUGUGGCGAACGAUUUCAUGUGGCGUUUUUCUGUCUGGAUACGGCAUGUGUAAUGAUCUUCACCGCUGAAUAUCUGUUAAGAGCCUAUGCUGCCCCGGACAGGUGUAAAUUUAUGCGAAGUGUUAUGUCAAUCAUUGAUGUGGUCGCCAUUUUACCUUACUAUAUUGGUCUCGUCAUCACAGACAAUGAUGACGUCAGUGGCGCUUUCGUCACACUUCGAGUAUUUCGUGUUUUCCGAAUCUUUAAGUUUUCCCGUCACUCUCAAGGAUUACGUAUUUUGGGUUAUACCCUCAAAAGUUGUGCUAGUGAGCUCGGCUUUUUACUCUUUUCACUAACAAUGGCUAUAAUCAUAUUUGCUACAGUUAUGUUUUAUGCAGAAAAGAACGUUACGAAUACAAAAUUUACCAGUAUUCCAGCAGCGUUUUGGUACACCAUUGUUACCAUGACGACAUUAGGUUAUGGUGAUAUUGUACCUAAAACAAUUACAGGAAAAAUAGUCGGGGGCGUUUGUUCCCUUAGUGGUGUAUUAGUAAUAGCUCUUCCGGUACCCGUUAUUGUGUCCAACUUUAGUAGAAUUUACCAUCAAAACCAACGAGCCGACAAACGCAAAGCUCAAAAGAAAGCCAGGUUAGCUCGUAUCCGAUGGGCGAAAAAUGCCAGUGGGGCUGCUUUCUUAAAUAGUAAAAAACGUGCAGAGGAAGUUCUGAUAGCUCAACAACAGGGGAUAGAAUUAGACGAUAGUUUUAAAGAACAGGAUAUAUUUGAGAUGCAACAUCAUCAUCUGUUAAGCUGUUUGGAAAAAACUACAAAGCGGACACGCAGUGAGCAUGGUUAUGAGCCGCAAGAACUGAAUGAUAUUCAAAUACGACUUCCACAGUUGAACCGUACGUCGCGUUCCAGUCUUAACGCUGUUGAUAAUACGACUUCAAACAAAACAAAUAACUCGGUAACCGUCACUACGGCUAUUGUGACGCUUCCCACCUCGAGCACGUCGGAAACGGAGUCGGUUCGAACACAGAGCACCAGUGCGCAAACCCAGUCACCUAACCCUAGCGUUGUACGGAUAUCCACGUUAUAACAGCACAUACGCAGUGUUGAAAAUGAUGAGACAUUUAAAACUGAAAUAUUUCUACAGAAAUAGUUAUGAUUUAUUUAGUCGAUAUCAUUACUAUAUAUAUAUAUAUAUCUAGCCCUUAGCAAUGUGGGAAGGUAACAAUUUCCAGUGUAAAAAAGGAGAGAGAGACGAUGUUUUUAUCUUACCCCUUUUAACAGUAAUAUAUUCCUUCGGUCGUUAGUGACACAAAUUAUUAUACUAUGUAUAUACAUAUUAUAUAUACAAAGAGAAUUGACUGUUGGACACGCGAUCCUGUGAUUUCCGAUGUUCGUAUUAAUAAUCGAAAACAGCAGAAUUUCCCGUUUACUGCUCAAAUCUCUUAACCCGCACACAGCACAUAUUUUCAUUCUUUUUCAUCAGUCUGGAUGAUUUUUCUACUAUGACGGGAAAUUGUUACCGGGCCAAUUUUUUUGGUUAGAUACCGUGAACGCUAUUUAAUUCAGGUUUAUAUUGUUUGUUUUUUCUUUCAAUUUUCAAAGUUUUUCAUAUAUAUGUUGAUUCUGAGUGCUUGAGGUGCGAUCUUAUUACUGUUUACCAUAAUUCCAUUAUAAUGAUAUAUAUAUAUAUACAUAUAAAUAUAGCUUGACCCUUGUCAAGGUUACGAGAAUGUGAUUCCUCUUCUAUUGUUCCGGAUAUAAUGUGUAUAUGAAGACGUAAUUGUGAUACUGGGUGAAUGUUUUGUGUAUACAGAUGUGCACGAUCAAAUGUUAGUAAAUGGAAUUUUAAAAAAUGACAAAGAUAUUAGGCAUACUGUGAUUGUGGCGAAAGAAAAACGUAAGGAAGGAAUAUAUCUGCAGUUAUCUCCCUUAGUACUUGACGUUUGCACGUCUGACGUGGAAAACAAAAAUCGAAAACGAACUGAAUAAUAUUGUUUAUUCUAUUUGGUUGAUGUUCACGAAUUUAAAGUCAUUUAGCUGAGUAUUCACGAUGUCCGAAACCAAUCAAGGGAAUAUUUUCGAACCGUAAUGUUCGUUGAUUAAUUAAUGAAGAAAAAACUGGUCGUAAGCCCCGUAUUUUUUUUUUUUUUUUUCAAUUAAGCGUUAUCAAAAGAACUUGAACAGCAGAUAGCAUUUUCUACAAAAGCAAUCAAAGAAGAAGCUUAAUGCUGGAGAUAAUGAUUCGAAAGAUAUGUGCACAGAUGUUUUUGAUAAAUGCAAAAUUUGAGCUUCACCAUAACUAUUCAAGACUUGUAUUAUAAAAUAGAAACUGAGGAAUUUGACGAUUUGUACAUAUUUUCUAUUUGAUUUACAAUUUUUGCAUAUCAUUUUUCUUGUGCGUCGUUUCACACAGCAUGGUAACUCGUCAUACAAGAUGGGGUCAUAUUCUAUGAUGCCAUUUACCAGUGACUUUUGAUGUGUGUCUUUUUAUUACCUCAUUGUUUACUUGGCUAGAAUAUUGCUUCGUCCCUCUAGUUGGUGAUGCCCCUAUUAAAAGUAUACUAUCGACAGAACUGAAGUGCAUUCUGUAAAGACUGUCCCCAAAAACACCAAAAAUAUUGCUUAAUAGCAGGUAGUAAAAUGUCGGAUAGAUUUUACCGGUUGCUCCUAUUCCUAAUUCUGUACUUGAUUACAAACAAUAUCCAAUACAGCUUCACUCUAAAUGGAUUUAUUCUUCCUUUAAACUUUGCGCAAUAUUUCCCGAAAUGUAGGCUACUCCAGUUCUUUCGGUGGUAUUCUCUUUUGAAUGCGGUGAUGCCAACAAAGCCAGUUUGUGUUGAACAAAAGCUUAUCCUCUAGUUUGCUGUGAAUACUCCGUAGAAAAUUGUCUUUUUAAAAUGUACAAUGUAUGUUAGGAUUGUCUUUCAGAAUCUUAUAGUUAAUGAGAAUAAAUCAGACUUGGAUGAAGACACUAUAUCAAAAUUGAUUUGAAAAAAUACAUUAAAGGUAUGAAAAGACAUUUUGAAAUCUUUGGUCUUUUUAAUAACUAAAUGCUAUUAAUCAACGACUGAUUUGCCGUAAGAAAGUGGUAACAAUAAUGUUACCUUAACUAUUCUUACCAGUGUCUCCAAGUAUGAUUUAUUUGAAUAGAUCGUCAUGUUUGCUCAUAGUACCAAUAUCUAUAUAGGAGGUAUCGAUUCCUAGAAUUUUUCUAAAAUAAUACUAAAUAAUAAUAUGUUAUUCAAUUUUUACUAUCUUUGCACAUGAUUUUCUUUUGGUCCUGCACCUAAAUGCAAUUUAUCCAUUUAAUUUUUACUAAAAGAUUAUUUUCAACAACUGGAACUAUAUAUGCACACAAUUCUUUGUUUCGUUUCCAUACGGUUCAAGCAUUGUAAGCAAUAUUAGCUAAACAUUUAGGCGAUUAUUUCUUGUAUUGUGUGUUUUUUUAAAUUGUGCAUAUCUUAUAAUACAUUUAUUUUGCUUACAUAGUAAUGGCCCAGAAAUAUACCAAUUUUUACUCCAUUAUCUUCAUGAAUUACUCCCCUUUUUUCAGAAGACGAUUGCAUAAUUAUCUUUAUCUUUUAUUUAUAACAUUUCAUUUUUCUUCGUUUGUUCAUAUUCUUGACGCAAAAUCAAAAAUUAGCGACAUGGUGAUGUGUGGACUUCUGUAUCCAUGACUUUUUAAAGAAUAUAAGAAAGACAUUUGAAAUGUAUCUUAUAUUCUGAAAAAUGAAAUCUGCAGAAAUCAAAAUCAUCAGUCGCCCCGUAUACCUCAUCUAUCAACCUUUCGUAUAACUUUAGCUUUAAAACGAUACUUAAAUAGUCUUUAAAAGUAGGAAGCUAACUGUUGUUAAUUACAUCUCUUUAACUGAUAUAGGUUUAGUUGAAAUUAUUCACCGGAAGUGAACUGGGAUGAUCUCAAUAUGUUUUCUAAACUAAUUUUGUUUUGAUCCAAUUACCAUGACAUUAACAAGUCAUACUUUGUGUGUAACCACAAUAAAUAUGUUGUACUUUGUUGCAUACAAAUCUACACCAAAUGGUAUAUAGAAAUGAGCCUCCAUUAAAAAUCAUUAAAAUUAUUAUAGUAACCUAAAAAAAUGAAAGCAUAAAUUUCAGUGCUCCAUAUAACGGGCGUGUCAAUCCCGAUCAGGCAAGCUAAUGUAUUAUAAAAUGCAGGUUAGCUUACACACUGUACCCACGAUCCUUUAAAAAACUUUUAUUUCCGGUGUGUAAUGACUAUGUAAGAGUAAAGCAGUUUGGUCUUUUCAUUCAUAAUGGAUGUGUGUUUUUCAGAAGGCUCAGUGAUCCCAUGCAGGGUACGCAAUAUGGGAAUACUAUAUAAAUUAGAUUAUAUGGAACACUGUGACUGAUGUUAAGCAGUUGAAUCCUGAAAGGAAAUAAUAUAUGCAUUGGUUGUAGAAAUUUUCGUUUAGCACCCUUUGGGAAAGAGCUGUACAUUUGAGUGCAAUCUGAUUAAAAUACAGAUCUAUAUAUCGUUUCGGUUUUUUUAUACUUUCGACGGCCAACAUAACAUGAAGAUCUGACCUGUUGUAGUGGGAGGUCGCGUCAGAGGUUAUACGAGCGUUUUUUCUACCCUAUGACAUCAGACAUUUAAUUAAACAAUCAGCGUUGAUGUUUCUAGUGGGUUACCCAUGGUUCCGUGCACCUCACGCCAAAAACUCGCCGUAACAGACCGUUUCAUUGGCUAAUCCCUCACAUCACCCAGAACGCGGGUUAUAUAACAACUCUUCCAGAUCCUAGUGUAAUAAAGAUAAGUAAAACGAAAUUUUGAACUAUAAAAAACGAAACGAAAUAGGAUCUGUGUUUUAAUCAGAUUGGUUUGAGUGAAAUUUAAUCAAAAAUAUCGAAGUGCAUGUUUAGAUUCUUUUAUAAAUCUUGCGUGCUAAGUUGUUUUCCAAUGGAAGAUAAACAACUUUGCAACAGAGAAACGAUAGUAGUUUCUUAAUAAUUUAAUGAGUAUCGUUAACAAAGCAUCGAAAAUAGUUUAUGAAACUGUAUAAACUAUAAUACAAGUAAUUGUUCUAGAAAUAAGGUCAGGGUUACUUCCCUUAAUAUAUUUUUUUUCUCGGCAACCAAGAUAUAAUUUUAGAUUUGUUUUCUUUUUCUUUUUUGAAAUAAAAAAAAAUGCACUGAUUUGUCUUUCAAACCGUCUUUCAUACUUCAAUAAUCCUGUUUCAUUUUUAUUAUUAUUAUUAUUUUAAUUUAUUACCAUUAUUAUUUGCACGCGAUGAAUGUACAGAUAUUGUUGUUAUAUUGAUUACUUGAUAUUUUUGCUUGUUUUAAGGCAUUUUCACCAAGUUUCAAGUUUUAAAAUUCUUAUAAUCAAUACUUUAAUGUAACAGGAAUUGGUUAAAUCAGUUUAUAAUUCUAGGACAAUAAUUUAUAUUAUAUCUAAAAACAAUGUCCACAUUUCUUUAACCAGAAGUAAAUUAAUCUGAUAGUUAUAAGGUUAAUCCGAGAGUUGUAAGGUAUUGCAGCUACUGGAACAUUUUUGACUAAUAUGGGUUUAACUCUGUGUCUGGCCUUUCGUUAUUAUGGGACUUAAAGCGAUAGUUUUAUAUCUCUUUUAAGAAAGUCAAAACAUAAUUAUUUCUAUAUCUAUUGUUUAAUCCGUUGUCAAAUCACUGUUAUACAAUCAUAGGAAUCAUUCUAUCACUUAAAAAAAACAGUCACAUAAUUUUUUUGAAUAUUUUCUACUCGCCCACGGUACUUGGAAAUUUUAUCAUUUUUCACUGGAAAACUAUGUCAGAUAAGGAUAAUGAUGCCUGGUUAACUGAGGCAAAAUUACCUCCCCUGGGGGUCUCUCUGCUAAUGUGACACUUUGAAAACGUCAACGUUUUGUUUUCAACAAGAAAAUGAUAUAUUUCCCAAUUGCUCAACUGACACUUAGUCUAGUGAAUUAUAGGAUUAAUAGGUAGGACUGUGUAUAGAUGCCGUAUAUUUUAAGGCUUUAUUUUAACAUAUUUAAACAUAUGACUUAAAAAAUGAAAUUAUCGCUUUAAGUGGAUCCAGAAAAAAUAUUUGGAAUUUGCCAUGUUAAAUACUAAAUUUACAUAAGCUGGUAAUACCAAUAAAUAUUAUAAAAGACGUAAAGUAGUAACGGGUGAUAUUUUAAAAUAGGGCGAGACAAUGUGACGUUUAAUGUAAUUACCAAGAAGCUGUCAGAUCAAAGUAGCCUAAAUGGGAUGCCAAUGUGCUUCCAUUGCAUCCAAAAAUAGAAAAAUUCAGAUUUUAGGUAGGUACAUAAAUCUAAGGUGACAUGAUUGGUAUUCAAUUAUAGUUUCCUGCCGAAAUAUGUUGCUAAUAUUUUAUAGAAAACAAAUAAUUAGUACACAACAACUAGUUGUAGCCAUCACAGAUAUUUAUUGUAAAAAGGAUUAAUGUUAUAACUUAUUUUGUUUUCUAUCGUUGUUACAAGUUAUGAAUUAUAAUAUAUAACUUAAAAUGUUAUAAAUGCAAAUAAAUACCUUUAUAGAAAAGGAUUGGGGCUAUUGUAUUUGUAAUAAUGAUAACAAAUAUUUUCAUUUUUUAUUUUAUUUUAGAUCUCUCAGAAGUUUAUAUUAAUUCACGUUUUUGUUUAGUUUUGUAUCAAUUGCAAGAUUUUGAAAUAUUUGCAAAUUUAUUAUUUACACAUUUCACCUACCUUGUAAGCUUUUAUAAUAUAUUAACUAGAUUAAUCCUAUUGUCUUCAAAAACACAAAUUCAUCCAUUAAAUUAUAUUGAAUUUAGCAGUAAAGGUGUCAUUCAUUCAGUGAAACAAAUUUUUAAAAUAUACCCAACUAUAUGUUAAUUAUGAAUUGGCUUUGUUUAAAAAUCGUGUCAGAAAUGUUUUUUAAUAAACAAUAAAACAGCAAUUUUCUCUAUAUAUACAUAUAUAUAUACUUGCACAGAAAUAAAGCAGCCCGAAACGUUGGAAAUCAAGAGUCUGUUUGUUUAAAAUAUAAAUAUUUACAAUAGAAUGAAAAUAAUUACCUUUUAUUUGAGAUAUUAUGCAAUCAACUAAUGAAAGUUGGUGAAUUUGGAUUUUUGUAGACAUUUUAUCCACUCAUUAUAACUUGCUGUUAAUGAUAAUUCUCCUAUAUUUUUUGUCUGAUAUCAAUAACUGAUCGACCAUUGUUGUUAGUAUUUUCUCUUUUUUUCUUGCUUGCUUGGUACUGGAGGUAAUUACUGUUAUUUUACAAUUUCAAGCAUUAAUAAAAACCCCAAACAAUCA